AUGGUAUUCUUACCCGACAAGAAGUUUGGCGAGUUGCCGCCAAUCCCCGACAACAUUCCCAUCAGCGAAUUCAUGCUCAAUGAGAAAUAUGGCCGAGUCGCACACCAACAUGCCCGCGAUCCGUAUACCUGCGGUCUGACUGGACAGACUUACUCCUCGCGCCAAGUCGUCGACCGCGUCGAUUGGAUUGCGCGGGGUCUGGCAAAGGAGUUUGGCUGGAAGUCGAACCAGGGCUCGGAAUGGGACAAGACAUUGGCCGUCUUCUGCGUCAACACGAUCGAUUCUCUGCCCUUUUUCUGGGCUGUUCACCGACUCGGAGGAGUGGUCUCUCCGGCCAAUGCCGCUUACUCGGCUGCCGAAUUGAAGCACCAGAUCUUGGAUUCUGGUGCAAAGGCUCUUUUCACCUGUGCCCCUCUCCUCCCAGUGGCUCUCGAGGCGGCCUCUAUGGCCAAUUUGCCCAAGAGCAAAAUCUACCUGAUUGAUGUGCCCCAAGUCAUGCUUGGAAAGUCUCAGCCCCCAAAGGUAUACAAGACCAUUUCGGAUAUUCUCGAGAGCGGAAAGUCGCUACCUCCGGUAGAUGAGCCGAAUUGGGGACCUGGAGAGGGUGCGCGCCGCACUGCAUUCCUAUGCUACUCGAGUGGAACUUCGGGCUUGCCGAAAGGUGUCAUGAUUUCCCACCGCAAUGUCAUUGCCAACACUUUGCAGAUCAAGGCUUUCGAACAAGACCACCGUGACGCAACUCCACCCACGGAUGGACGUGCUGUAUACUCAGAGAUUGGGUUGGGUCUGCUACCACAAAAUCACAUCUACUCCUUGGUAGUUAUCUGCCAUGCGGGCACGUACCGUGGCGACCAGACCAUCAUUCUUCCCAAAUUUGAAAUGAGCUCCUAUCUCAACGCUAUCCAAACUUUCAAAAUCACAGGGCUAUUCCUGGUCCCCCCUAUCAUCAUUAACAUGUUGCGACUUCACGAUGAGUGCUCGAAGUAUGACUUGAGCUCUGUCAAGAGUCUCUUCACUGGCGCGGCGCCUCUCGGAAUGGAGACAGCCACCGACUUCCAGAAGGCCUACCCCAAGGUCGCCAUCCGACAAGGAUAUGGCUUGACGGAGACAUGCACUGUCGUCAGCUCGACCCACCCCUCGGAUAUUAUCUUCGGCUCUUCAGGAUGCUUGAUCCCUGGAUUCGAGGCACGCAUCAUGUCCGCAGAGGGCAAAGAGAUUACUAGCUACGACACACCUGGAGAAUUGGUCGUCCGAUCCCCGAGUGUGGUGCUAGGAUAUCUCAACAACGAGAAAGCAAACAAGGAAACUUUCGAGGAUGGAUGGAUGCGAACGGGCGACGAGGCCGUUAUUCGUCGCGGACCCAAAGGGAAUGAACACGUCUUCAUUGUGGAUCGCAUCAAGGAAUUGAUCAAGGUCAAGGGACUCCAAGUUGCCCCCGCAGAGCUCGAGGCUCACCUCCUUUCCCACCCCGAUGUGGCCGACUGUACUGUCGUUGCCAUUCCCGACGACGCGGCGGGUGAGGUCCCCAAGGCCAUUGUUGUCAAGUCGUCUUCUGCGAGCUCCGACGAUGCGGUCGUUGCCCAAUCUAUCAAGAAGCACGUUGAAGACCACAAGGCUCGCCAUAAGUGGCUGAAGGGAGGUGUUCGAUUUGUAGAUGUCAUUCCCAAGAGCCCCAGUGGUAAGAUCCUGAGACGAUUGAUUCGUGACCAGGAGAAGGAGGCCCGGAGAAAGGCUGGUUCAAAGCUGUGA